AUGUCUGUAGAAGCAAGCCAUAUAAGUAAAGAAUUGCAAGAUAGGUUGCUGAUCCUGUUCUUGAUUUCUCAGUUUUUUAAUUUGGAACGAAAUCCUAAGGAAUUUGGUCAGUCAUUUGCUCAUACUUUGGUAGGUGGCAUGGCAUGGGCGGGUAAAGCCGGGCUUUACUGGGUAGUUGAUAAAGGAUUUGUGAAUAAUGAAAUUAUGCAAGUAGUAAAUUAUCAAACCCUCUCUCCGAAGGAUUUGGCCAAGUCUGUUAUGUCUGAAGGGGGCUGGUCAAGCGUACUGUGCUCGGGGGAGAAAGCACAGCAGUCUUUGGAUCUUGCGCUUCUUUUUGUUGGAAGAGAGUUACAAUCUCUGGAUAUCUCUGGACAUAAAGUUGCCAACCCAGCACUUGUUGACUUGCUCAAGGUCUCUUUCACAAGGGCCAAUUUUUCUUUAGCAUUCCCAUAUGUUGCUGCAUUGGAGGAGACAGAGACAAUGGAACAUUCUCUAAUUUCAGAGUUUGCAGAAACAUGUGGCCAUGAUUUAGGAGUUGGUAACAUUGCCUUCCUGGAGUCUUGCCUUGUAGAGGGUGAAAAUUUUGAAAAACUUGCAGGCUUACACUCUGUCCAUGAUUACCUGGUUACAAGGAUGAAAAGAGGACCUAAGGGGCAUGCAAAUCUAAUUGUGUUCUGCCAUGGAGGCUCCCAUUCUUUGGAAGAACUUGAUCAACCACAUUCUGAGAGUAUGUUAAAAAAUUUAGGAGAGUUUGUAGUUAUCUCAAUUUUAAAAUUCUUUGAUGGGCACCAGUUAUUUUUGCAUAGCAAUUUUAAUGCAUCUAGUUUGAUCGAAUAUGCAGGCAGGAUGUUCUCUGAGCUUAUCAACUCUGUGGAGCAGUCUGGGGCCAAAUAUUCUGUUCUCUAUGUUUCAGAUCCAUUUAGGUCAAUCCGGUAUCCUUCUUACAGGAAGCUAGAAAGGUUUCUUGCUGAAGGAACUCUUGGAAAUGGGUCAGCUAAUUCCACGACCUGUGAUGAAGUUUGCCAAAUUAAAUCCUCCCUUCUGGAGGGAAUUUUAGUAGUAAGUCAGUAUCCUUUUCCUUUUUAAGCAUGCAGUGCAGUGGCAGCUCUUUUCUUUGUUGAUUAAUCUUGAUUAUGUGAGCAUCACAAUUCAUUUUGGGUCAUUCAGGUAAGCGGUGACCCUCAUUUUGGAAAUCUUAGAUAUUCUUCAUCCAAGUUGACUUAUAAUGUUGUGAAUUCUAUUCAGAACUUGGGUUUCACAUGAACUGAACUGUUCAUGAAUAGCUCAGGAUCAGCUCAUAAGGAGCUUGUUCAACUUUGCCUAUUUAUUGAGCCGAGCUUGAGCCUCAUUUUAGAGCUCAUAAGACAAACGAGUCAAACUUGAACAAUGUCCUGUUUAGCUCGUCAGGCUCGUGAACAGUAUGAGCUCAUUUAUAAAUUAUAAUCUAAAAUUAUAUAUAUGGCGUCUGCCUAUAUUGUGUAAUGUGUAUCAUUUAUUUUAAGAAAGAGGAGCAAUAUAUGCUCAUGCAAUAGAAAUGCUAAAAAACCAACUCAUCCCACAUCGAAAUAGUUGUAAAAAAGACGAGUGGGGCCCCUAUAAAAGUUGUAAGCAUUCACACCUCUGUUUCAAGUGGGAACCAGCUCCACAUCAAAACUAUAGCAAAAAGUAGCUGGAGGCACCUAGAAAAACAAGGCCUUCGAUUCCCUGAUGCAUAUUAAAAAUUCCGUACAGAAUAAUUUUUUCACUUUAUUCUUAAAUUUCAUGGUACAUGGAUAAUAGCUAAUAAACAGGAGCAGAAUCUACGAGUUGCGCAUAAUAGAGGUGCUAAGCCUAAGAAUUGGAAUAUAAAUUGCAUAAACAUGCUUCUGAUCAAAUGUUGCAUGAAUUAUGCAUUUAAAUUUCUGAUGAGAUUACAAGCCAAAAAAUAUCCAAUGAGAUGAUCUGGAUAGAGUCAUCAGAUUUAUCUGGUGACAGCUAUGUUGCAUGGUUCUUCGUACUUCUUUUUCUAGUAUAAAAUGAAGGUAAACAAGAAAGAAAAAGUUGGUCAAUUAGCAUCCUCAAAGCUAAUCAAAGAGCUGGAAGUUUCCUUUUGGUACCCGCAACCAGACCCGAAGUCAUGGAAAGAUCAAAACCAAUGCAAUGAUAAUAUGAUUUGAUAGAGCCAUGCGACUUGGGUUACCAAAAGUGCCAUUAUUGAUGCUAAGCUGUUUCUUUUUUUUUUUUUUU